UUUCAAUUCCGCCUCCAAACGAGCGUUCAGCAAACAGGCAGGCCUGGCUAGCGCUCAACUCCACCAUCGAAUGCACGAGGUGCUGUUCUUCGGAGGUCAUGGCGUUCAAAUACGCCGGUGCAGAACCUGCUGGAAUGACCACCGUAGACUCGGCAAGCCUGGCGCUCAUCACCGCCAUCGAACGCACGUGGUGCAGCUCCCCAGAGGUCAGGAGACAAACCUGGCGUUCACGCCGGUGCAGAACCUGCUGGACCAAUCAGCGUACAUGAUUAUUCGGUGUUAAAUUACGCCAAACUGACGCGCGCUGAAGGUCGGAACGACCACCGUAGAACCGGCAGGCCUGGCGCUCAACUCCACCAUCGAAUGCACGAGGUGCUGUUCUUCGGAGGUCAUGGCGUUCAAAUACGCCGGUGCAGAACCUGCUGGAAUGACCACCGUAGACUCGGCAAGCCUGGCGCUCAUCACCGCCAUCGAACGCAAGUGGUGCUGUUCCUCGGAGGUCAUGGCUUUCAAAUACGCCGGUGCAGAACCUGCUGGACCAAUCAGCGUACAUGAUUAUUCGGUGUUAAAUUACGCCAAACUGACGCGCGCUGAAGGUCGGAACGACCACCGUAGAACCGGCAGGCCUGGCGCUCAACUCCACCAUCGAAUGCACGAGGUGCAGCUCCCCAGAGGAUGGCCUGGCGUCAUCGAACAUCCCGAAAGCAUGCGGUGCAGUCCCCUUUCCCCAGAGAUCAGCUGACAUUCAUCACCGCCGGACAAACAGAAAGAAAGGAAAUCAGACUUGAAAACGCAUUUUUACGUUGCCAGAUAAUAUUAGAAACUCAAUGUUUUUUUGUUGUUUUGUGUGUAUUGUAGGUGAUAAAGCGACAUUUAUCUUUGAAUAAAGCCUUAAAAUUUGAAAAAAAAUGUUCAUUUUAUUAUAACAUAACCUAAAAAUCCGAAAUGACAGCACACGACAAAGGUACGACAUCCUAAAUAACAAAACCGUGCGACGUCGGUCGAAUGUCGUACGACAAUGUCGAACAAUUUCGAUGAUCGAUCGUACGACAAAUACGACAUUUUGGUGCAAAAACGUAUGACAUUCGUGCGAAAGUCAUGCGACAUUGUCGUGCGACGUCGUACGAUUGCACGGACGACAAACGACGGACGUCCGACGGACUUUUCA